AUGACCAGCGACCUCGAUAGUCAGAUAGAGCAGCUUAAGAGAUGCGAAAUCAUCUCAGAGGAGCAAGUCAAACGCCUCUGCAUCAAAGCCCGAGAGAUAUUGAUAGAGGAAGCGAAUGUGCAGCAACUAGACUCACCCGUUACGAUCUGCGGGGACAUACACGGACAGUUCUUUGACCUACUCCAAUUAUUCUCUACUGGUGGCUCAGCGCCUGAUACUUCGUACCUUUUCCUCGGCGACUUUGUCGAUCGCGGUUUCUACUCCGUCGAGACAUUCCUCCUACUCCUCGCCCUCAAAGUACGAUACCCGGAUCGCGUCCACCUUAUCCGGGGCAACCACGAGUCACGGCAGAUCACGCAAGUCUACGGAUUCUAUGACGAAUGCCAACGGAAGUACGGCUCGGGAAGCGGUGUGUGGAGAUGGUGUUGCGAAGUCUUCGACUAUCUGGCACUGGGGGCAAUCGUCGACGGACGGGUGUUCUGUAUCCAUGGAGGACUGAGUCCGAACUUGCAGGCUAUCGAUCAGAUCCGAGCAAUAGACCGCAAACAGGAAGUACCGCAUGAUGGUCCCAUGUGUGAUUUACUGUGGUCAGAUCCAGAUGAUAUCUCUGGCUGGGGCCUAUCCCCGCGAGGCGCAGGUUUUCUCUUCGGCGCCGAUAUCACCAAAACCUUUGCUCAUAAUAACCGGAUCGACCUCAUCGCUCGUGCCCACCAACUCGCGAUGGAAGGGUACAAGAUGAUGUUUGACCGAACCAUCGUGACCGUCUGGAGUGCUCCCAACUAUUGCUAUCGUUGCGGCAACGUAGCGUCCAUCCUUGAACUGGACGAGAACCUAGGACAGGAAUACAAGGUCUUCUCGCAUGCGCCUUCGGACGUUCGAUCGGUGCCGGCUAAACGCCCCCUUGCUGACUAUUUCUUGUGACCAGGAUCGGGUCAGGAAACUGAUAUUAGCGUGUCAUUUGUAUGUACGAGUAGGCAGACUGGUGCGAAUGGUGGGUCAUCCGACUUCUGUUGAAACAGCAUCUGCCUGGGAAUAGAAACUUCCAAACGCUUGUAUACGCCCAUUACCACGGGUAGAUGUGUGAUAUAUCGC